AUGGUAGACAUUAACAUGAAGUCGCUUCCCAGCGUCCAUAUAACCAUAGAUCCCAAUUAUAUUUCUGAUAAUGAAAAAACACUCAGUGACGCUGAAUCAUCCCGUUUAAAUCCAGACUUCUUGAGAGAGGAACCAACAACGUCACCUGCGGGAGGUAGCAAUAACGAUGGAAAAUCUCUAGACCGAAAUCCAUUGGUACGCGUUGGUAUACCUUUCUAUGGUGUAUACCGAGACGUCAGGGACCGCUACUCACAGUAUCCCUCUGACAUUAUUGAUGGUUUAAAUGGCCAAGUUGUUGCUGCCGCCAUCUUUAUUUUCUUUGCCGCCCUUUCCCCUGCCAUCACCUUCGGUGGCAUGUAUGCUGAUAAAAUGAAUAACGACAUCGGAGUUGGGGAAUGUCUGUUGCUGUCUAGCGUAAAUGGCGUCAUUUUUGCCCUGUUUGCUACUCAACCUCUUCUGAUAGUCGGCGCUACUGGUCCUCUUAUGGUCUUUGAUAUCAGCCUAUAUACCUUCUGCAAGACAUUUGAGGUGGACUUCCUGUCCAUGAGAGUGUGGAUUGGUUUCUGGAUGACGAUCACUGCCUUGAUAGUUGUUGCCACUGAAGCUGUGUUCCUGGUGAGGAACAUCACCAGGUUCACUGAGGAGAUCUUCGCCUCUUUAGUCAGCCUUAUCUUCGUUUACGAAGCCAUUGCGAAGAUGGUGAGAAUUUUCAAGGACCAUCCGCUCCUGGAGAAGUAUAGCCAUGGUGAUCAUGGCUCUAAUGCAACAUUGUAUGUUAAUAACAGCAGUGAGACGUCGCUACCUAACAGCAUCAACAGCACUACAGAAGAGCUCCUGAAAGUAACUGCCCAGCCCAACACAGCUCUACUUUCCCUUAUACUCAUGCUGGGAACCUUCAUUGUCGCUAUUAAGCUUAAAGACUUCCGCAACUCCAAAUUCUUAAAGAGAGGCAUACGUCGAUCUCUGGGAGACUUUGGUGUUCCUAUAGCCAUUUUCCUCAUGGUGCUGCUGGACUACCUCAUUAAGAACACGUACACCGAUAAGUUGACAGUGCCCGAAGGAAUUCAACCAUCCAACCCUGAAGUCCGUGGCUGGUUGAUCAACCCAAUGGGCCAGGAGAGUCCACUGCCGGUCUGGACGAUGUUCGCCGCCGCUCCAGCUUCCAUGCUCUUGUUCUUCCUCGUCUUUCUUGAAGAUAAUAUUUGUCAUUUGAUUCUGAGCAAGCCAGAGCGCAAGAUGGUCAAAGGUACAGGUUUCCAUUGGGAUCUUUUUCUGUCUUGUUUCAUUAACUUGAUUUCUGGACUCUUGGGAGCUCCCUUCAUGGGACCAGCUUGUGUCAGGACUGUGUCCCACACUGCAGCUCUGACCAUCACCACACCUGCUUCCUACCCUGGAGAAUCUCCAAAAAUUCAAGGUGUCAGAGAGCAGCGACUAAGCAGUUUUGUGGUGUCAAUUUUAAUAGGCCUAUCUGUCCUGCUAUCAAAAAUUUUGAACCUGAUACCAAAAUCAGUUUUAUUGGGUGUCUUCCUGUACAUGGGUGUGGCUUCCACUGCUGGUAUUCACCUCAUUACAAGAACGAUACUACUGCUGAAGCCAGUCAAGUACCAUCCUGAUACCCCCUUCGUUAGAAAGGUCGACACAGGAAAGAUGCACAUAUUUACCAUAGUGCAGUUACUGAUGCUCGGCUUAUUAUGGGCAGUAACUCUGUCUCCAGCCUCCAUCGCUCUACCCUUCGUUCUCAUCCUUCUCAUUCCUCUGAGGCUCUAUAUUCUACCCCGUGUUUUCAGCAAAACAGAACUCAGUGCACUUGAUGGCACAGAAUCAAACAGUGAGGGCGAGGAUGAACCUGAUUUCUACGAGGCUUCUCAUGGACUUCCAGCCAACAUCGACAACUGACCAUCGCUGAAGUACAACAGACACGAAGUCGCCCCAUCGCAG